AUGUCUGAAGCAACUGGUAUAAUAAUAGAUGCGCACAUGGUUUCGUUGGUUACAACAUAUGAUGACGAAUUCACAAGUUACCAAGGAUCAGUAGAACAUUCGUUGACGGUCAACAACGAUGUUAAUUCUCACGAGGACUUUCAUCCACUACAGCUACAACAAUUUUCAGAACCUCGUGAACCUCCUGUCGAGGUUGACCAAAACACGUUAGCACUUCGGAGUCAUGAUUUAGUGGAAAACCUUGUUGACACCACCGAGUUAAUCAUUAACACCAUUUGGGCAAAUUUUCCGGUUCAUUUUAGCGCACCAGUCAUCCCCCUUCGUCUGUUCAUCCAAGAAAUUUUACGUAGGUCACGAACAUCAUGGUCGACCCUUCAAACAACAUUAUUCUACCUUGUGAAGAUUAAGCCACAGAUCACAUUGCUCGCAUCAAGUCAGGUUGGUGAUGAUAAUAACAAAAGGAGUGGAAAAGGUUGUGACCCGGCGACUUGUGGUCGUCGGAUGUUUCUCGCGUCGCUCAUUGUGGCAUCAAAAUAUCUUCAAGAUCGUAACUUUGCAAACAACACCUGGUCAAAAAUAUCUGGAUUACCCGUGCGAGAGAUUAAUGAGAUCGAGAGAAGACUCUUAAAGUUAAUCGAUUACGACCUGUACAUCAGUGAACCCAUUUUUAAACAUUGGGUCAAUCUAUUACUGUCACAUAUUCAGAUUACAUCAGGAUCGACCGAGGCUGUUCAACCGGAUGCACACCGGCGUGAGCAACUCAAACAGACUUUGUGGAUGUCACGUUCUCAGAACGUCGAAUGUUCUGUUCAAGGAUGA